AUGGAGAAAUUCCAUAGUUCUGUAAUUCUGGAACUAUAUGGAAUUCAAAAUUGUGACACACUGUCUCUUCUCUUCCAACAGAUUGUGUUUUAUGAGGAUAGGAACUUCAAGGGGCGGUCCUACGACUGCAAAGGAGACUCCACUAACCUGCAUGGCUUUUUCGCUCGUUGCAACUCUUGCCGGGUGGAGGGCGGCUGGUGGGUCCUCUAUGAGCGCCCCAACUACAUGGGUUACCAGUACAUCGUAGGCCCCGGGGAGUACGCAGUCUACCAGCAAUGGAUGGGCUUCAACGACUGCAUAAGAUCCUGUCGGGUCAUCAGAAACGCCACAGGCCCCUACAAGCUGAGGCUGUUCGAGAGACCCAACUUCGAUGGUCAGUCCCUGGAGGUGACUGAGAACCUGCCCUCUGUCCAGGAGAAUUUCCACAGCCGCGAGAUCCACUCCUGCAAGGUCCAGGAGGGUUCCUGGGUCUUCUUCGAGCACCCCAACUUCCGUGGCCGCCAGUACCUGCUGGAGAGGGGGGAGUACCGCCGCUACACCGAGUGGGGAGCUCUGCAUGCCACCGUGGGCUCCAUCCGUCGCAUCAUAGCCACUGGAGAGAGAUGA